GAUACCAGAACAAGAGGAAAACAAACUUCCUGGAGCUUAAGAAAUGUCCCCCAAGUCGAUUGAUUCCUUAAGUCGUCCCGUGACAGCCCGUUGAGAGGACAGGGGUCAUUAGUGGGGUAUUGGGGUUUCUAGCCUCUAAAACCUUUUCCCUCUGCUGAAUUCUUUUCCGACUGCGACAUCAACCAACAUCGACACCAGCUUCUCCGCAUGCGGAAUAUAUGUCGAUAAUGGAGUCUGACAACCUCAUUGGCAGGGAAGGUAAGCUUCUAAUGCGGAGGUGGCUAUCACUUCAAGGUGGUUGAUUUAACAGUACUACGUCAAGCAUUUCUCCUUUCAUCAUCAGUCUAUCUUAACGUCGCACAAUAGCAGAAUAGCAAUACACAAGCCUAAUCAACCCAUCAUGUCCUUCAAACCAGCAAUAGCCUCAAUGUCCUUGGGGCGGGCAUGGGUUCACAAGCUCCCAUACAAACUCGACCAAGCACAAGCAAACAACUUCCAAGGCAUCGAAGUUUUCUUUGAAGAUCUCGAAUAUCUUGCACGCGAGCAAAGCGGGCUAUCUGCGAGCGAAUCUCCAUCCCCAGAAGCACAGAAAGAAGCUGCACGCACGAUUAAGAAGCUCUGCGAUGACCGAAAUCUUGAAAUCAUUGGAUUGCAGCCGUUCAUGCACUACGAAGGUCUCCUCGAUCGAAAAGAACAUGCGGCACGAAUUGAGAUGUUAAGAGUGUGGUUCGAGCUGGCGAAGAUACUGGGGACGGAUAUUAUCCAGAUCCCGGGCAAUUUUCUGGGUAGAGACAAGAUUACAGAUGAUCUCGACGUGGUAGUUGGAGAUUUGCAAGAGGUGGCAGAUAUGGGAUUGAAAGAGACCCCGGUGAUCAAGUUUGCCUACGAGAAUUUGUGUUGGAGUACAUAUUUCGAUACUUGGGAGAAGGUUUGGGAUUUGGUGGAGAGAAUUGACAGGCCAAAUUUUGGAAUGUGUCUGGAUACAUUUAAUAUUGCUGGGAGGGUGUACGCAGAUCCAGCAUCUCCAAGUGGGAAGACUCCCGACGCAGACGAGGACAUGAAACGAAGUAUGGAGGACCUUGUUAAGAAGGUUGAUGUGAAGAAGGUAUUCUAUAUUCAGGUUGUCGAUGCCGAGAAGAUGCAGACACCUCUUGUGGAAGGACAUGCUUUCUACGCUGCUGAUCAGCCAGCCAGGAUGAGCUGGUCAAGGAAUGCAAGGCUGUUUGCGUUUGAGGAGGGAGGCUACCUCCCAGUCCUAGAUGUGACAAAAGCGAUAAUUGAAGGCUUGAAUUAUCGAGGUUGGGUAAGUAUGGAACUGUUCUCGAGGACAAUGAGCGAGCCAGGGAAGGAGGUGCCAAUCAGUCAUGCCAGAAGAGCAAAAGGGGCAUGGGAGAAGCUUUUGACAGAGAUUGCUCGAUGGUAUAUAACGUAGUAUGCAUAGUCAGUGUAAACAAUAG